UCGACUCCAAACUCACUCAAAAUUUGUACUUGUUUCCAGCGAAACAAUCGAAGCCCACCAAAAGAAAGUCUCAACGAAAGCUGCCAUGAAUAGACUGCUUCUCCUCCGUAGACUCAGUACUAUCCGAUUAAACUCCAUUCCCAAACCAAUUUGUAAACCUCAAAUUUCACCUUUAUUUUCUCUUUCCUCUUUUUCUGCAUUCUUGCGUCAAUAUUCCUCAUCUCAGUCUUCUUCCCACUCUAAAUCUUCUGAGGUCCAAAGCAGUAAUGAUAUUCCAGAAUCUUCUUCUAUUGACGAUUUACCCACCGAUAUCACUACUCAAGAGCUGAAGCACAUAAUUGACAGGUACUUGAAAGGUGACAUGGAAGUUCUUCCUUCCAUUUUUGAAGGUAUACUAGCUAGGAAGUUAUGCAGUAAACAUGAUGACACAGAUGAUGAAUUAAUGGAGGAAUUUCGAUCAAAGACCCAACAAGAUGAGGGUCAUCAGUUUCAAUCUAAUGAAGAUCUCACGCAGUCAGAUUCAGAUAAGGAUCUCACAGAGUCUGAUGAAGAACUUAGUGGUUGAAGAACCUGCUUGUAGUUACAAUCAGAAAACUUGUUACGAAAAUUUUGACUCGUGUAUAAAAAUUAUCUGUUAGAGCUUUCUAUUGUAAAUUACAACGAAGGGGAACAAUAACAUUACAGGAUUGCAUUCUAAUUAGCCAUGUAUACAUGCAAGAAGUCGCUUCACACAAAUACAAGCUAUUGUAGUUUUGGUAUGUUUCAUGUUUGAUGAUAUCUAUUAUAUCCAGAGACCACCUGAAUUUUGA